AUGUUUCUGAUCAUCGCACUAUUUCUGAUCUCGGCCAUAGCACUCUAUAUAUGGAUUUAUUAUGAGAACGUAAAGCGAUAUCCAAAAGGGCCAACUCCAAUACCCAUCUUUGGAAAUUUGCUAUCUGCAAAUGUUCGUAGGCUACACGAACAACUCUCGGACUAUGCAAAAACUUAUGGUAGUGUGUAUACAAUAUGGUUACCAAGACCUUUUGUAGUCAUUUCCGAAUUUGAGUUGAUUAAGGAGGCAUUUUCCAAGAAAGGUGAUGAUUUUUCUGGAAGGCCACAGGGUUAUCCCAGCAACUUCUUUGAGAUAGUUAAAAAUGGAGGUGUAAUUGGCUCAGAGGGUGACAACUGGAAAGAGCAACGACGUACUUCAUUACAUAUCCUCAGGGACUUUGGCAUGGGGAAAAAUCUGAUGGAAGAACAGGUUUAA